UGAAUGAAUGGGACUCCAAGUACUCAGGAGGGUAGACUGGCGCCAGAAGUUGGACACUCAGCGUGGUGCUGUGUUGGCCAAUGAGCUGAAGAAUAAUGCCUGUAAACUUGCAAAAUGGACAGUUCAGGCUAUCUUGGCAGGCUCGGACCAGAUCAAGUUCGGCUAUGUGUCCCGUGUGAAUGUGCGUGAUUCAACCAAGCACAUGAUCCUGGGGACGCAGCAGUUCAAGCCCAUGGAGUUUGCCAACCAAAUCAACCUCAACAUGGAUAACGCCUGGGGUAUUUUGCGUUGCAUCAUUGACAUGUGCAUGAAACUGCCUGAUGGCAAGUACCUCAUCAUGAAGGAUCCUAACAAGGCCAUGAUUCGUCUCUAUGACAUCCCGGACAACACCUUCGAGUCAGACGAAGAAGAAAACGAGAAACAAGGUGAUGGUGAGGGUGAUGAGUAAACCAUGAAAUCUAUAGGGGUGUCUCAUAUGAGCUGCCGCAGUUCCUCCUCCAUUGCCACAGAAAAAGUAAUUGUGUCCAGCAUUGACGAUAGAGAUCAACCUGUCUAGCUGUUCCGUUUGGUGUAUUUUAUGCUGUAUUUUCAUAUUAUGGUGCAAGUCCUUUAAUUAAAAGAUGCAUUUUUAUUAUUUUUUUUCUUUUUUAUAUAAUGAUGUAUAGAAGCUCUCAUUAAAUAUUAAUAAAGGAACUGCUUGGUUU